ACAGCCUUACCUUUCUCUCACCUUGCAGAGAGUAGAGUGCAACAAAGAUACCAGAGAGCCAAAGAAGAAGCCAGAUAACAGGAGACAGACAUCUGAUGACAAAGGUGCUGAUGGCGGGGGGUAAACUGCUGGAAAUGUGGAAUAAAGGAGAUACAGAGAAAGAGUCCUGCAUAGACGAAGAAAGAGAAUCUCAACCACGUAAAAAAUUAUCCCACUCGAUUGAAGAAAUACUGAGGAGGCCCACGUGUGUCAGAAAAGAGAAAAGAGUUCAUCGUAACUGGUCCGUUAUCAAGGAGAACACCAGAAUAUCUAACCAGUUCUCAUCCACAGUAGAAACUCCACAAACCAGACUGCUUGAAGACUCUCCAAAAGCCGCAACAGACUGCAUGAGUCAGAGGAAAAAGAGGCAAACGAGGGUUACUUUCACACCGUUCCAGGUGCAGGAGCUGGAGAAAGUCUUCCAGCAGAGUCACUACCCAGACGUCAACGCCAGAGACCAGUUAGCCUCUUGCCUGCACCUCAAUGACAGCCGAAUACAGAUUUGGUUUCAGAACCGCAGAGCCAAAUGGAGGAAAGCUGAAACACUGAAGGAUAUCGAACUGAUGACUAAUAAGCACAUACUGCCAGCCAGUCAGCCCCUGCUUUAUUAUGAGCUCUUACAGAAGCCCCAGCUGCAUGCAGCAUGCUGGCUGCCCUGCUGCUUACCUAAACCCCUCCAAUCAAGGCUGUUCCUCGGAGCGACUUCAACACCCGUCUUGCUGAGCAACACAUAUUCCCCAGAUCACAGGACCCUGUAUUUUGACCCACUGGGAACAGACAGAUAGCACCUUCAGUCCUUAUAAUGACAUUAUUAUGUAUGUGGUACAAAGAUUAUAAUGAGUAACCUGUGAUACACACAACUGCUGUAGACUGUAAUCUGUGAGCUAUAAUUGUUUAAUUGAUGAGUAAUUGACAAAAUGUGUUGUAUAUACUGUGUUGUCAACCUGAAAUAAAGUUUGCAUGUUAAAAACUGAA